AUGUUAAACUUGGACGAUACAAUCGAGCGUGUCAAGGAGUGCAAGUUAAUUCCCGAAAGGGAUGUGGAAGAGUUAUGCAAUAAGAUUAUUGAAAUUCUCAUUGAAGAGGGAAACGUGCAAGCCCUAGAUACACCUAUAACCAUUUGUGGAGAUAUCCAUGGGCAGCUCCAUGAUUUGUUGACGCUAUUCAAAACAGGUGGCGAGUGUCCGUCUACCCAAUACCUUUUUUUGGGAGACUUUGUGGAUAGAGGAUUCUACUCAUUAGAGAGUUUUCUCUUGCUUAUGGCGCUCAAAGUGAGGUACCCUGACCGCAUCACCCUCAUCAGAGGCAAUCAUGAGACCCGACAGAUCACAACUGUCUACGGGUUCUACGACGAGUGUCUCCGCAAGUAUGGCAGUGUCAAUGUGUGGAGGUACUGUUGUGAGGUGUUUGAUUAUUUAUCCUUGGGAGCGAUGAUAGGCGGUCAAGACGGGGUUUUCUGUGUCCACGGGGGCUUGAGCCCGAUGAUAGAUCAGAUCGAUCAGAUCCGUGUGAUCAAUAGGAAACAAGAAGUUCCUCACGAAGGGGCCAUGUGCGAUUUGCUUUGGUCGGAUCCAGAAGAUGUGCCCAGUUGGUCGAUUUCCCCUCGAGGGGCAGGGUUUUUAUUCGGGUACAACGAAGUCAAGAAGUUUUCUCACACCAACGGCGUCUCGUUGAUAGCUCGGGCCCACCAGCUUGUAAUGGAAGGAUAUAAGGAAAUGUUUGAUAAGAGAUUGGUAACGGUGUGGUCUGCUCCUAAUUAUUGUUACCGGUGUGGGAAUAUUGCCCUGGUGCUAGCCAUCGAUAACGCAUUGGGCCGACAGUAUAAGGUUUUCGAGGCGUCCACCAACCAAGAAAUCUCUUCUAUCCCUUCCAAGAAGCCUACCAUUGAUUACUUUAUUUAA